AGAGUUAAGUGUAGUCUGAGUGCCAUCAAGAUAAGGCAAACAUCAGAAGUCCUGAAGACAGUAGAUAGCUCAGUCUGAGUACUGAUGUGUACAUGAGUGUCUUGUGUCAGAUGAUAUCUCAGCGGAGGCUCACAUUUUCAUUCAUUCUGAAAGCUCAAACUGAUAGCUACUGCAGAAAAGUUGUAAAGUGGUUUCAUGAAUGAGGUAUCACGACAUCGCUUGGCACUCUCCAGCAUCAUUCUAUUUUUCGUCAGAUUUGGACGAUCUGAAGCUGAUCGCUGGAAAGCUGAGCGCGUAUUGGACGGAUCUUCUCCUCGAGCAGAAGAGUUGUUGUGAGAGAGUUUUGCAAAAGAGCACCAGCAGCAGCAUGGAUUACUUUUUAUUUCGACUCUUCUGUUCUUUAUCUUUGGCGUCGCUUCUAGUUCAAAGGGCAAACUCAAACGAGAUCCUGGGACUAAAGAUCCCCUUUGACCCCAUUCUCAAUGCCAACACGGUGUGUUUGACACUGCCCGGCCUGACAAAGAAACAGCUGGAUGUAUGUAUGAGGCAUCCAGAUGUGACGGCCUCAGCCAUACAGGGCAUCCAGAUCGCCAUCUAUGAGUGCCAGCAUCAGUUCAGAGGACACCGCUGGAACUGCUCAAGUCUGGAGACCAGGAACAAGAUCCCCUACGAGAGUGUUGUCUUCAGCAGGGGUUUCAGAGAAAGUGCGUUUGCAUAUGCCAUCGCAGCGGCUGGUGUGGUGCACGCCGUGUCCAACGCCUGCGCCAUGGGCAAGCUGAAGGCCUGCGGCUGUGACGAGAAACGCAGAGGGGAUGAGGAGGCAUUCAGGAUCAAACUCAACCGUCUCCAGCUGGAAGCAAUCAACCGGGGUAAAGGCAUGGUGCACGGCGUUAUGGAACACUUUCCCGCCGACACUCUCGGCCCCCAGGACUCCUGGGAAUGGGGCGGCUGCAGUCCUAAUGUAGAGUUUGGGGAACGCUUCUCCAAGGAGUUCCUAGACUCCCGUGAGACAUACAGAGACAUUCACUCCAGGAUGAGACUUCAUAACAACAAAGUUGGCAGGCAGGUUGUGGUGGACCACAUGAGGAGGAAAUGCAAAUGCCAUGGCACAUCAGGAAGCUGUCAGCUCAAGACCUGCUGGCAGGUGACUCCAGAGUUCAGAACGGUGGGCUCAUUGCUGAAGGAUCGCUUCAAUAUCGCCACGCUAAUCAAAGCCCACAACAGAAACACAGGUCAAGUGGAGCACGCCCACCCGACGCACCGACGGAGAGCCAACGCAAACGAUCUUGUCUACUUUGAAAAGUCCCCAGAUUUCUGCGAGAGGGACCCUGGGUCGGACUCUGCCGGGACGCAGGGCCGGAUCUGUAACAAGACCAGCCAGGGAAUGGACAACUGUGAGAGCCUGUGCUGUGGCCGGGGCCACAACAUCUUACAGCAGACUCGCAGUGAACGCUGCAAUUGCAAGUUCCACUGGUGCUGUUACGUUGUGUGCGAGGAGUGCAGGAUAACAGAGUGGGUCAGCGUCUGCAAAUGAAAUAAGCAAUCAUCUAUUAAAUGUACAAAAACAGACAUUAAACAUAGGGAAAGACUGAGAAAUCCCUCCCUUUUGCAAUGGACUGCCAUUUCCAUGAUUCGAAUGGAAAGCACAAAAACGGACUGAGAUGAAUUGAGUGCUAGAGAAGUGUGCACGUGUUUGCGCACUGCAUGGGUCCAAGCACAAGAUUUCAGACUGAUUUUGGACUUGCACUGCAUAUAAUUUCAUAAAGUAUUUUUAAUUUAAAUAAAUUAAGAAUAUGGAUAUAUUGUUGAGUAAAAUACCAACAGAGCACUCAUCUACACUACAUGGUGUUUGUUUUAUUUCAGUUAUUAAAGAAAUUAAUGGCUCCUAGUCCUGUAAUAUAGCACCAAGCAGACGCAUUGGAUUCCGGUACAUAAAGAAGAGAAAUAAAUAUAUCUAGAUAUAAAUAUAAAUACCUUUGCACAGAGCCAUUUUUUCAGAAGAGUUUACCAAAUGAACUCUUAGUAUAAAAACGGUAUCAUAUACCAGUUAAUAUCAAUUCAAAAAGGCCAGUGUGUCUUGUUUAAAUUUCCAGUAUAUAUAAAACCACUUUGAUGCUGGCAAAAGUGUAAACUGGUCUUCAUACUGUAGGCUUUUUAAGCACAGUCAAAUGAAUGGAUUGCAAGCUGUGGAUCAGUCCUGGUUACCUUCGGAAAGGACAACACUGUUACAUGGAUCUGGACAUUUGUUAUGGACAAAUCUCAUGAAAAACAGAUUGUAAAAAGGAUCUGAGGAUACUAAAUGUAUGAAAGGAAGCUGGACUAAACCUCUAAAGAUGCUUGUGUGUAUGUAAUUUCCCUGCGGACUGUUGGCUGUGCCUCUGUUCACUGUAACAGGAACAUAUUCACCAGAGCUUUUAAUGUCAGUCAAUAGAUAUUUAGACAUAUGUAUAAUCAAGUCCUGAUCACCACACAUGGUAGCUAUAGGUCCUCUCAACUCACCAAACUUUUUAUAAAAAUAAAAUAUAAAAAUUUUUGCCAGCUCAUUCUUCAGGUGGCACACGUGUUCAGACAUGACUAUUCAACAUUCAAAGUUGUUUGUGUUUUAUGUCUUACAUAAAGUAGUAAAAUAUCAUAUUUUAUGGAAGUAACUGUUCAUGGCCAGUGUAAUAAACUUCUAUAUGUUUUAGAUUUGUUUUUAGUUAAAAAAAAAAUCAUGAGGUUUCUGCAAAAAUCAUUACUUUGAUCAAUAAUAAUACAUUCAAUAACCUUUUGUAUACUUUUGCCCAUCUGAACCAUUUUUCAUAGUAUCUGAUGAAAAUAAAUCAUAAUUACAUUUACCAGUAAUUUUAAACUUUGUCCCAUAAUGAAAGAAGAAAGUUUGUUUGUUUUAAUCUGCUAAUUUUGUUCUGUUCUUCUGUUUUGCUUUGUUGUUGUUGUAUUUAUUUAUUUGUGUGAUUUUUUUUUUCUCAUGUUAAAAUAUGACAAAACAUCAAAAGUGCAUUUGUAAAAAUAUACCGAGUCAGUUGAGUUUUGAGUUGUCAGAGUUAAGUUCUGGUUAAUGUUUAAUUUAGUUUGAUUGUUUGCACAUUUAGACCAAUUAUUCUGGAGAAAAUGACUGACAUGAAAUACUGUGUGGGGUGAGCGCGAUAAUAUGCAUUUUUUUUUAUUUUAAAUGGUAUAAUUUGUAAGUUUGAAUAUAUAAGUUAUUUUAUUUUGUUGAUAACUUAAUAUUUGU